AUGACUUCAAGAGUUCGUAAUGCAUCAUCAUCGUCAUCGUUAGAAAUUCCAAAUUCGAUAAAUUAUGCGGACAAUUCAAUAAAAUUUCAAUUAAAAACGCAUGGUGUAAUUACCUUCACACAAUUAAUGUUAUCAACACUUUGUUUAUUUCAUUUUCCUCAACACAAACUAUUCGAAAAUUCCGUAGAAAGUUUAAAAACGACUAAUAUUUCAUUAUUUUUUAUUCAAUUUACAAUUGAAAUUAUUCGUUGGUUUGUUUAUUUGGAUAGUGAUGCUAAUAAUGUUGGUUAUGAAACCAAGAAAAAAUUUAAAAAUUUGUUUAAUGAUUUUAUAAAGAAAAAAGGAAAGAAUUUUUUUGUAGCAUUAUACUUAACAGCAUUCGCCGCUUUUGUAUUACAUCUCGUAUCUGUUUUAUUUGGAAUAUUUCCACCCGCGGUUGCAUUUAAUACCCAUGGUCCAUAUUGGUCAAGAGUAUUUUCUGAUUUCAAUCCCGAAACAAUUCCAGAGAAAAUGGUUUAUUAUUCAACUGUAGGGACAAUCAUAGGUGCUUGGGCUGGCGCUAUAGUUAUACCAUUAGAUUGGGAUAGGCCGUGGCAGGUGUGGCCUAUUUCUUGUGUUUUAAGUUCUUAUAUUGGACAUGUAGUUGGAAGUAUUUUAUCAUUAAUCGUAUGUUACUUUAAUCCUGAAAGCUCCGCGCUGCAAAAGAAGAGGGAAUGA